UUGGUUAGGUUACGGGAAAAAUAUCACGACAUCGACAAAGUCAGGAUAUUGAAAUUCUUCCUUGUACCGAGUACAUGUUUAAGGUGAUAGCCUCUGAGGACUGGAAGGGGAUGAGAGAGGAUUUCAGAAUGGCCUCCGAUAUGAUUUCGUUCAAGGUUGAUUAUACACCCAAGUUUAUUCGACCUCCAGUAGUUAAAGAGAGAAGGCUGAGGCAACCUCGUCCUAGUAGAGGAGGCCAGAGUUCUGCUGCAUAUCAGGGACGAGAUCGACGAGCUCCAUUGUUUGAGGAGGUUGGACAAAUACCUACUCCUCCACCUGAACCAGAACCACUAGUACCAUACAACGUCUGGGUUCAAUGGAAGAUAUCAGAUAUAGAUUUCCCUGCUUGUCUUUCUCACUUUGAAUUUGAUUACUAUGAUGUGGUGUAUAAUGAAUCUAUUUUCAAAAAGACUGUUAGUAAACCAUUCGAAGAAAAGAUGGAGUUUGAACUCUUGAACGAUAAAGUUCCCUGUAACGACGAGUUUGCCUUCAUCGCUAGGGUAAUUGGAUUAACAGGAGAAGAAAGUUCUGAUUUCUGGACACCUCCGUCUUGUGUUGUUCUAACAACUGAACCUCCAACAACAUCUACUACAGAGGCAACGACACUCUCAGAUGUUGAGGGAGCUAUGGAAGCAGCUCGUGAAGAAAAUGAAGCUCUGAAGGAGAAAAUUAAUGGUUUAAAGCAGCAGUAUGGUCCUAUUGGGAAACAGGUGUAUACUGCCUUAAAGGAAAAUAUUUACCUGGGACUAGAAGGAUUCCUGGCAAGAAAAAAGAUUAUCGAAGGAGGAGAUAUUAGUCAGCUCGAAAAACUGGAUCCAAAUGCUCCAUUUUAGAUGGAGAAACUGGAUUUAAUUGCUCCAGUUUAAAUUUUAAUCCUAUUGCUCCAUUUUAGAUGGAGAAACAGGAUCCUAGCUCUAUUUUAGGUGGAGAAACAGGAUCCUAGCUCUAUUUUAGGUGGAGAAACAGGAUCCUAUUGCUUCAUUUUUUAUGGGGAAAGAGGAUCCUAGCUCCAUUUUAGUUGGAAAAACAGGAUCCUAUUGCUUCAUUUUAGAUAGAGAAACUUGACCCUGUUGCUCCAUUUUAAAUGGAGAAACCAGGAUCCUAAUGUUCCAUUUUAGUUGGAGAAACAGGAUCUCAAAACUCUAUUAAAAAUAGAAAACAAAGAUAAGGAUUAUUUAAGAUGCUUCAUUUUUGUUUAAAACUGUUUUUAUCGAUUCUU